GAGAGAUAUUACGCAAAUCAUCUUCCUGUGGUGAGACGGUAGGAUCCUGUCAUUCUUCCGGUUCUUUUGGUGUUGACAGGAGGACCUAGAAGAAAGAUGCUUGACGUAAAAGCCUGGGCAGAGUACAUUGUUGAGUGGGCUGCAAAAGACCCCUAUGGCUUCCUUACCACUGUGGUCUUGGCCCUUACGCCACUGUUCAUAGCCAGUGCUGGGUUGUCAUGGAAACUUGCGAAAAUGAUUGAGAUCAGGGAUCGAGAACAAAAGAAGAAACAAAAACGUCAAGAAAACAUUGCAAAAGCAAAGAGGGCAAAGAAAGACUGAAAGACUUUUUAAAGUGCAAACUGAUUGCAUCUUUCUACAGUUUGAUUCCAAUUUCUUAUAUAAAUGUUUAACAAAAUGUUGAGGCCUCAAGUUGAAGCCUAUCACCUGCUGGCUUUGUAAAACAAUUUUUUGUAAAAUACACUGAUGAAAACUAGUCUGUAACCUUGUGUGUGUGUGUGUGUGUGUAUAUGUGUUAUAUCUAUCUUUACACUUACACUUCCAUAAAAUGUAAUUAACAAAAUAAUGUACAUUUUCUAGUCUACAGUUGAUUUACAACACAACUGGGAAGCUAGUGUUGGGAUGAAAACAGUUCAUGGAAGAAAUAAAAAAAUAAACUUUUUUUUA